AGCUUUAGUCGAUCGAGGCUGGGUCAGGUCUUUCCAUAUUGACACUGCCUAGUGUCGCCAGCCUGUGCAAGGAAUUUUGGAUGAGUAUCGGUGGUACUGGCUGUGCUGCUGCAAAAUGCCUCAUGGGCGUAACCAAGCAAGCUUGACGAUUGCACAGCUUCGUUGUCAUUGUCCAUUCGUUACAUUAUCGUUCUGUUGGGGGGUGACGGGAAGGCUCCCUCAUACUGUCACCCAUAUUUCCUUUCAGCUAAAUUUUUUAUCUGGGGCGUUGCAAAAACCUAGGUAUCUCGACGUGCUUGUGCUUCCAAGUGUCUUCAGUUUGCGGACAUAUUUCUCACGCUGGCCACAGGGUGUGCAAACUUUUCAGCGUCUGAGGCACACCAAAGCGCCUACGCAGGGUUUUAAUAGUGUCCACUCCUAACUGGGCAAUGGUUGGGAAGGCCAGGACGAGAAGCAAAGGCCAAAUUGAAAUAACGUUUAGCGCGUCUAUUGAGACGCUGUGGUUUCGAUGACCAAAAGAUCGUC